UACACAAAUCAGUCAUAGUAAAUCGUUGAGCAUAAAGAAUUGUAUCAUUAUAUUUAUAUAUAUUAUUUUAUGAACGCCGCAAUGGAAGAGAUAAAGCCUCUCAUGGAGCACUCACAAAUUCAACAGUUACUGCAUGAUAAGUUAAAGGCUAAACUUCCUGCCAGGAAAUCUUCCUUACAACAGAUAAUACAGAAAAGACAUUGUUUGAAAAUUUUGCAAAAUUUGGAAAAUGAAAAGCAAAGUUCAAAGAUUAAGACACACGAGCAGAAGAAAGAAAAACACAAAUGUCUGGUGUAUGAAGUACAAGGAGCUCGCCGUGGAAUGAGUCAAACUGUACAGAUAAAUGUGAUUAAAAUGAGGCACAAGCGUCAUACUCAAGGCACGAUUCAAAAGAUUCAAGAAACUCAAACGGAUACUUUUCUGCCUGCUGAAAACGAAGUUGUGCUAAAUGAUGAGUUCUGUAAUUAUAUUAAUUCUAUCGUCGACACAAAGAUAAAGGAGGUGAUGGUACUUCGAAUAUUCCACGUUAAAUACGAGCGCCCGUUAGUGAUGUUUGCCAACUUUGGCAGUGAGCCGUUAACCGGCCGUCGUUAUGCAUGGGAUGAUGUGAAUGAAUUGCCCACACAUUUAGAGUCACUUUGGAUGAUGAUGCUUGAGAACAGAAGCCCACACAACGACAAUUCGUACUUGCACCUGCAACUAACAGGUGAAUUGGAGCUCUGUACCAUAUCCAAAGAAAAACAACCUCAUCCGGAAGCUAUACAAUACUAUCCGCCGGGCAGGCCAAGACGAUGCGGUUGCUUACAAGACAUUCUAAGUUUCUUAAGUUUAUUUGGAAUGCUUUUCGCAGUCUUUGUUCAUUUGUAUGACAGAGCAACUCGCAGACAGCCUUUAUCUGUUUGGGAAUGGCUCCUGAAUAAAUUGGGCAACUUUUUGCGCUCAUAUUUGUAUAUUGACAUGUACAGCUUAUAAAUUAAUAAAUUUUGUUAUCGUUGAAUUUAAAG